GUUUGAUUGGAAGCACUAGCUUUCGGAGCGACGCUCCUUCAUCAGGGGGUUGUUGUGGAGGACACAAUUCUAAGACACAGAAGGGACUAUAAGCUGGCGUUGUGUGUUGGGAUGCUGCUGGCUGGGCCCCGGUCUGAGUCAGCGCAGCGGGUCACGCGAUGAGCAUUCGGCCAGAGAGCCCUCCCUCACUCAGGGAGAAGGAGACAGCAGCUGGGGAUGAAUGGUCGGUGUCUCCAGGACCCCUUCUCUGUGAAGAGACCCCAUCACUGAGCGGCGAGGACAGUGCCCCGGGGAGUCCGUUAACAGCCGCUGUCAGCGGGACCCCUCCUCAUACCCCCACUGAGAGCCUGGGGGGGCUGAACACCGCAGGUGGUGACACCCCCAGCCCGGACGCUGAUGGAGCCCACCCAGGUUGGCAGGGGGCCGUGCCCCUGGACGACGACGGGGAGGAGGAGGAGGGGGAGCUCCUGGGCUGGUCCGGGAACGCCGGGGAGGACCGGUGCGAUAGCCAGGCGCCGGCCGCCAUGUUGGGGCGCGGUGCCCCCCAGUGCCCCCGCAACGAGGACGUCACUGGCGAGGGGUGGCGCUCCCACCGCAAACACGUCUUCGUGCUGAGCGAAGCGGGCAAGCCCAUCUACUCCCGCUACGGCAACGAGGAGGCACUCUCCUCCACCAUGGGCGUCAUGAUGGCGCUGGUCUCCUUCGUUCAAGAUGGCGGAGACAACAUCCGGUCCAUCCAGGCAGAUGACUACAAGGUUGUGUUCUCCCGGCACGGCCCCCUGGUGCUGGUCUCAGUGUCCCGCGGCCGGCAGUCCCCCCAGCAGCUGCGCCGGGAGCUGGUCUACGUCUACCAGCAGAUCGUCAGCCUGCUGACCCGCGCCACGGUGGCCCGCAUCUUCCAGCGCAAGCAGAACUACGACCUGCGGCGCCUGCUGGCCGGCUCCGAGCGGCUGCUGGACAACCUGCUGGGCCGGCUGGAGUCGGACCCGGGGCUCCUGCUGGGGGCGGUGCAGUGCCAGGCCCUGGCGCCCGGGCUGCGGGAGGCCGUCACCCAGCUGCUGCUGCGCUGCGUCACCGCCAACCUGGUCUUCUCCAUCCUGCUGGCCCGCGGGCGGCUGGUCAGCAUCGCCCAGGAGCGGGCCCUGGUGGAGGAGGCCCGCCUGGAGCCCGCCGACCUCCACCUGCUCUUCAACCUGCUGGGGGGCUCGGGGGCGCCCCCGCAGGCCGGGGAAGUCUGGACGCCCGUCUGCUUGCCCGGCCUCUGCCCGGACGGCUACUUCUACGCCUACGCCUCCUCCCUGGAGGCGGCCGGCACCGGGCUGCGGCUCCUCCUGCUCUCCACCGACCGAGGGGCCUUCCACAGCGUGGCAGCCUGUAAGACGAGGAUCGAGGAAGGCCUCAAGGCCCAGGGGCUGCUGGCCGGGCUGCAGGCAGCGCUGAGGACGCCCUCGAAUACCGGGUCCUCCAGGCUGAGCCUGCCGGACCUGCGCCACUUCUUGUACAGGCCCCUGGACGUAGCGGGGAACCCGAGGCAUCUGGCCCAGUACGCCAGCCCGGAGAUCGAGGCUCCGUACGCGACGGUGGAGGAUAAGGAGCGCCUGUUUGACCUGUACCAGGAGCUGUACGGCAAGGUCCACAGCUGCACGCGGCCCCUGCGGCUCAUCUACCACGUGGCGGAGCGCGAGACCCUGCUGGCUUGGGUGACGGGGCGGUUUGAGCUGUAUACCUGUUUGAGCCCACUGGUGACCAAGUCGGCUGCCAUCUGCCUGGUGACCCAGCUGCUGCGGUGGGUGCGGAAGGUGGAGAGCCAGCUGUUCAUCUACUCCCCGGCCAAAUACUGCACCACCCCCAGCCCGCGCCGCGGCUCCCGGGGAGGGGGGACAGACACCACACAGCCAGCUCCCAACGGGCUCCCCUCCCCACUCUGAGGGGGCACUGGGGACCCUCAGCCCCAGGUUUGCCCCCCUCCCUGGUUGUGUUUACCCCCACCCAUGACUGUCUGAGGGAGGGGGGCAAACCUGGGGGUCUGUUUACCCCCCCCCUCUAACCCCCCCCUCCCUCGGGGAGUCAAUGAGGGUCUGCUCCCCCCACCCCUCCCGGAUUCCCUGAGGGGGUGGUUGGGGUGGAACCAGGGGUCUGUUUACCCCCUCACCAUGAUUCCCUGAGGAGGGGGUCAGUGGGGGGGUAAUGUACAAAGUGUCUUAGGGUGAGGUGGGGGUCAGAAUGUGGACAUCCCAACUUUGGUCACCGUGCCGCCAUGUUGAGG